GCCCCCACGCUUCUCAAGAUCUUCCGCUUCUUGCCGGUGACGUACACCUUCGCCCCUGACGCCAUCUGCUACAACUCCCUGCUCUCCGCUCUGUACCGACUACCGAGCGGGCGACCUGACCACCGCGCGCAAGUUGUUCGAAGGAAUGCGCGCGAACGAAGACGGCAGGAAAUGCGACGGCUUUCCUUAUGUUAUCACCUACACGACCAUGAUCAAGGCGUACUGUGCAAAGAGACUCGCCGACGAGGCGCUCGCGGUCUUCAAGAUGAUGGCUGCAGAUGGUGUGGCGCCGAAUAGGAUCACCUACAACACAAUGGUGCAGGGCUUCUGCGAGGCCGGAAGGAUGGAGCUGGUGAAGGAGGUGUUCGAGAUGGACUCUUUAAGCCAGACAUGUGCACAUUCAACACGCUGA